AGUGGAAUUGCUUAAAAACAUUAUUGGCAAAACAGUAAAUUCCCUCUACAACCAAAGAAGAAUCGUGUUCCUCGCGACCCACCUCCUUUUUUUUGCUCCCUUAAAAAAAAGAUAAACAAAAAAUCCACCUCACCCCAUAACUUCUCUCCUCCCUCUUUUUUUCCUUCAACAACACCGAUCCCGAUUUCCUCUGAAUCUUCCAAUUUCUUCGCACCCGCAAACUCUCCGAUCUUCAGGGGAGAAUAUGGCGACUAGGGGUCAAGGUGGUAUCCAACAAUUGCUUGCUGCGGAGCAAGAAGCUCAACACAUUGUCAAUGCUGCCAGAAAUGCAAAAUUGGCUAGACUGAAACAAGCCAAAGAAGAGGCUGAUAAGGAAAUUGCUGCAUAUCGUGCCCAAGUCGAGUCUGAUUUCCAAAGAAAACUUGCUGAGAGUAGUGGAGAUUCGGGAGCUAAUGUUAAGCGGCUUGAAAUCGAGACAGAUGAAAAGAUUUAUCACCUGAAAGAAGAGUCUGCUAGAAUUUCACAAGAUGUUGUGAACAUGCUCCUGAAGCAUGUGACGACCGUGAAAAAUUGAGCGUUCUUGAUCAUAAAGGUUUGCCGUAAGAACCUCUAUAUUAUGUUAUUCUUUUUGUGGUGCCUGGAAACGGCUUAAACUGCAUGUGUAUUAUGGAGAUGAAUCCUUUCCUUUGUAUGGAUAAGUCAGUAUUUUGCAGAUUGCACUCUUUUGAAUAAUAUAUGAUUCCAUUCAGUGUUCA